UUACAACAUUUCCCCUUUGGCCAUAAUGAGAAAAAAAACAACUACAGUAUCAGCAUAAAAUUUUUGGCAGAAGAAUUAGCACAAUCUCAAAGGAAUCAUAGAAGUCUCUAAUUAUGUCAUUUUCUUACUGCUAGAUUAAAGGCUUUUCACUCUUAGCCUCUGAUUUCUCUCUUUCUCUCUCUCUCUCUUGCUGUCUCUCACUUUUUCUCUGUAUGCUCUCUGUGUCGCUCUCUCUCACAUGUACAGCCCUACACACUUCAUUUGCGAUCUCCUUGUUUUGAAGGUUUCAAUUCACGUCCUCCAGAGCGUCAAGUCGGCAGGCGUCUCUUUAUGAUUUUGUAAUGAUUAACUUUGUGUCCAUAAAAAGCGUGGAGAAACAAAGAACUCUGGGACGAGCAAAAGAAGAACUGAAGAGAAGAAAACAUCCUCCUCAGGUCUGGUCUGUUCAAGUUGAAAUGCGGAACAGUUAACAAUGGAGUUCACAGUUUUGCUCUUCCUUUUUCCGGCAUUUACGCUCACAAUGCAAGCUCUUUUACCGUCCUGCCGUGGCAUUUCAGUCACUCUCAGCCCAGACUCAGUAAAAUUGGAGGUGAGCCCCAAGAUAUUCGCAGAGUGUGGCAAACCAGUUUCCCUUCACUGCAACUCAUCAUCACCUCAGCAAGGACUAUCGGUGAAAUACAUGGAGUGGUCCCAUGGCAACAUGUCUUUAUGUUCGGUGGACAGUGAACAAACAAUAACCAAAUUGCAAAGACACUUUCAAAGUGACUUCGACUGCAAGUACGAAGAUGGACGACUAUCCCUGGUGUUUGAAAGAAUGCUGCCUCUGCAGAGCGGAGAAUACAGGUGCAAAUUGCGCUCCAACAAAGGAGUGGCAAAUGAAUGCACAAAGGUGCAGCUGCAAGAGUUCUGUGGGAAAGUGGAAGCUGUUUUAAGGAGUCAUGGUCCAUCCUGCAGAUUCAACCACGUCUAUCCAGACGGGGAUGUGCACUGGUUUCAUGACUCUCGUAACGUCUCAGACGAAUCCGUGAUGCAGCACACUACUAAAAGCAUCGAUAGCCAUGGCUGGAUGAUCAUACACAGUUGGUUGACCCUAAACGGUACAUCAGAGAGAAGUUCACACGAGCCAUAUAACUGUUCUUUGAAAAGUUCUACUUCUGGGAAAUACAUUGCAAGUACUUUAGUUCAGAAACAUGAACGUCGGGCUGUUCAAGGUGCUACAGGGUACAGCCGUUGUGCAGGAAACAGAGAGAAAUCACUGCAAGCUGGGAAGAUUGCUUUGGCUAUUUUAGUCACCCUCAUUUCCAUGUUAAAAUAAUGAACAGUGCAAAGUAAAAACUCACUCUGGAGAAUGAUAAAACGUCAGAGUGAAUGAUUCGUAAUCUGUACCAUCAUUAAUAAGAUGGUACUCAGAAUCUAUUAAAGAACUAUGGCAACCAAACAGAUGGGUGAGUCAUCUUGCCAGGCUGGAAUAUUUCUAAUUCUACCUUUUAAUUCUUGGCUCAGGUAAACAAGAAAAUUACAGGCUGUUCAAAUGUGAUAACAAGGAAGCUGAUAAUUUUAAAUUAUAAAAGCACUUGGCUUCUAGAGAGCUUUAGAUGAGGGAACAGGGCUUGUUGGUUUUCAGCACACAACUUGGAAUACACCUAUAGAAAGCGCACUUUAACUGUUUGGCUGCUAUAAACUAAAUUAAUGUCAGACUAAUGAGUUUUGAUAGCCAUGCAGUGCGGGAAAUAAGUAUUUUUCGAGCUUGCCUGCUUAAAAAUGUAGAGGUCUAUAAUUCUGAGGUAAGGUGAUUAAUUGUAGGUACAACCCAACUUUUUAAACAGCAUGUAAAAUAUAUAGAAAAAAUUGCAUUCUAUGGUUGAUAGAUAUUUGAUCAAUUACCAACCAGCAAGACGUCAGGCUUUCACAAAUCUGUUAGUUCAUCUUUAAAAAACCCUCCUAUGGUCCAUUCAUUACCUGCAUUAAUUACACCUGUUAGGACUUGUUACCUGUAUAAAUGACAAAUGUUCACUUUGAGGUUGGGGUCUCAAUCAGACCCCAACCUCUCCACCAUGGGCAAGACCAAAGAGAUGUCUAAAGAUCAAAGAAAUCUGUGGCAUAUCAAAUACUUAUUUCCUGCACUGUAAGUCUUCAGAUCAUGUAUCAUUUUAAUAAUAUGCAUUGCAUUGCAUAUGCUGAGGUAAUAAUAAUGUGGGUGAUUGACUCAACUAUAUGUCACUCUCAGACGGACAGACAUAGAGGAUAAAAUACUUAUUAGGAGGACACAUGCAAUGUAAUUAAUCCGACCUGUUUGUGGUAUGUAGAACGAUGCUGCCAUCUGGUGGUCCAAUAAUUUGUAGCAUCAAAUUAAAACAAUAGAAAUUGGUGUUUCAUUUAUGAAAAACUAGUGCAUACUUGAGCAUUGCAGUCAUCAUAGGUUCAUGUGUGAUUUCGUAUUGUUCACCAAAUUACAUUCCAGUAACAAUAUAGACAUUAAAAAAUUAUUAGUAACAUAAUUUCCCUAUUUAUUUAUAUUUUUGAUUAACUCACCAGCAGACUAUGCUACACUGAUGAACCAGUGGUUACAAAGGAAACAUUUUUGGACUUAUAAGUAGUUCUACUGAGUAGUAUACUCAUUGAAAUCCACUAAUCAAACCUAAAACAGUUUGUCACAAGUCUCUGUUAUAGCUAAUUAGUUUCCUUUUUAAUUUGAAUUUUAAACUAACGCAGUUGAAUAGUGAAGUGAUGAUGCACUGUUUGAUAGCUGGGAUCAAUUGGAAUGUAUGUGUGGUUAACAUGAGAUGACUUUUCGUAAAAUGCCUUGACAUGACAUUUGUUGUGAAAUAGCAAAAAAUGAAUAAACUGAAUUAAGUAAAAAAUAUUUCGUAUUUGCAAAGCUGAAGGUAUUUGAUUUUGAUAUUUGAUCCAAUUGGCACUGAUCAUUUUAAACUGAACUGAUUAUAUAAAAAAAUAUUGGUUAAAUAAAACUGACAGUAAAUAUAUACAUUUAAACAUAGUGCUGCUGUACAUGAUUUUUGCCCUUGUAUGGUCUAAUAUUUCUCCAACAGCCUGAUUUUCUUUGCUAGACCACAAAUCAACAUGAAUAAUGAUUGUAAUAUACAGUGUCCAAACUAAAAUUAUAUUAUUAUCCUGGCUGAUACAAAAGUAGCAAGGAAACAUUGUUUAGUACUCUUGGAAAAUAUUGUAAAAUUCCUUGUUAGAACUGAAAAAACAAAACACAACUAAGUGGCCAAUCACAUUAGUGCAGCUGUAGUGGGUGAACUGCAAGUAGACCCACAAUUUAAAUGCUUUUCAAGAUUCCCAAAGAAUCACAUGCCAGGUCUUAUACUUAUUUGGUUUGAAGAAAUUUAAGAGAGCAUUUGAAUGAUGGAGAAUUUGAUAUGAAUUGAUAUUGAUAAAUAGGAUCGUUUUAUAUCUAUUUGCAAAUGUACUUACUUUACUUUAAAAUAAAAUUUUUAAUAGGCCUUCAUCAUGAGACAAAUGUAGCUUCAGGGUAAAAGCUCUUAUUUUCCAACGCCUCAGUGCUCCUUGGUCAAGUCAUGAUAGCUCUCUGCCGGUGAUGUCACUGAAUAAAGGUAAAGAUUGAGCUUUUAAAGGCCAGAUUAGUCACACACAUUGGAUAUGGCAAGACUGUAGAGCAGCUCAGAGUCACUGUGAAGAAAUACUUCAAGGUGACUUUUACCAGUGCAAGGUGCACAGAUGCCUCCUCAUACAGACCUAACAUACAAACUAAUGUUGAGUUUGAACCCAGAUCUCCUAAUGGUUUAAAAAUGACUUUCACUUUGAAAGUCAUUUUUUAUUUCUAAACAAAUUUCAUCAAUAUCCAACCACCAAUAUCCAACCAGAUAUGUUUUUGAUUUCUGGGCUUAAUUUGUGCAAAGAGGGAAUUUAAUCAAGAAUAAAUUACUUAAUCUUGUAAUAAAAAAAAAAAAAUUAUGUUGCAUGUUUUCUGAUUGUUAUUUUUUUAUUUUGCAUAUAUUUUUUUAGUUUUACCUAAAUAAUGUGUGUAACUGCUGUGAUUCUUACUUCUGAAGACAUGAGAAAUUAGUUCUGUUUUAUUUUCUCCUAAAUAACUUUAUACCACUGGAUGCCAAACUGUAUCAUAUUUUGUGGCUUAAAAUGUCAUUCAAACUUAGGGAGAUAAUCAAUAAUCGAUAAAGCCAUAUUCUAAACAUUGUUAAUUGUAAAGUAAAAAAUGUGUGAAAGAUGUGUGAAACAUAAUUUGAUCCUUAAAUAAAUCUUGAAUUAGCUUUAAGAAAACGUGUAUAACAUUUUGCUGUGGGUCAAAAUCAAUCAGCCUUUAAAAGGGUUUUUCAAUUUUAAAUCUGCUGAUGCUUUCCUGAAAUGUUUCACAAUAUAAGUUGCAUCAGUAUUUUUUUUCUUACAGUGCCUGAGUGAAAUGAUAGACAAAUUUCAUAUCAAUUUUGUAAAUUCCUAUUCAUGUUUAGCAUUAGCGGAACUUACUUACAAUGUGAGGAAAAACCAACUAGAGAUGGACUCAUGGCGUGAGGUGAUAGACAUCGUCCUUGGAAAAAUAUUUUCACAGUCUCUUUCUUAGCUGGCACAAAUAAAAGACUGACCGAUUAUCUGUGGAUAAGUGUGCUUCCUUUCACUGAGGCCAUGCAGAAAUAAAGUAUUCUGGCAACACUAAUGAGAAGUUCUUCUCUUUUUGUAUGGCUCCUAAAAACAGAGCUGACUGUUUCAGCUCCCAAAUCUUAAUCUAUUAUCAUCUUUCGCCUUAUAUUUUAGCUUAACUUGGUAAAUAUAAACAUUUUGAAUGUUAAUAAAUUUGUUUGCUUGCAGUGUUUUUUAUACGUCCCUAAUUUUAGAUAUUUCUUUUGUUGUGAAAGCAGUCAUUCUUUCUUUUGUGUUACUUUGAAUUUUAAUUUUUUCAUGAACAAAAUCAAAUGAAUUGCUUGUUUUUAAUCAAAAACUGACCAAAAUAAUUGUGCAUGUAUGUAUAUUUUUCAGUUUUAAAUAUUGCAUAGAACUGUAGCAUUCACCUGUGACCACCAGAUGGAACAAGCUAGCCAUGAGACAGUUUUUGUAGCUGCAGGCUGAGAAUUAUCAUCUUGGGUACAAGAUGUUCACGUUUUGUUGACAAGUUUAAAGCACCGUUUUGAUAUGUAACAAUUUUAUUUCUUAUAUGGCAGGAAUAAUUUUACAACACAAAAACAUGGAUUCAAGUAUAGAUAUUUAUCAGUUUAUAGUCUUUGGUUUUUACUGCACUAUUUCUUAACUUUGUGCAGCUAGAGUUGCUGGUGGUGAAGGUGAAAAUUUCUGUUCCUGAACUUUAAGGAUUUGUCAUUUGUAAUCUAAUAAAAAGAAACCUAUAUUAUUA